GGAGAACUGACGUCUCUUGCAAUAUAUAAGUGCCUCCCUCAGAGUGGAGAGGAUAUGUGCUUGGUGGGGAGAUUAGCUGCUUGUCUUCUUGUAACUUGAUGCAAGUCAUGUGUUAAGUACUUGUACAGUGAGCUGAAAAGUCAGUUGCCCUUAUUCAAGCAGCUUCUCUCAGGAAGACUGGUUGGUGUACUGGGAUCCAGAAGUGAGGAAAAAACUUCAAGGCUUACAGCACGGAUAUUUUUACACUAUCUGCAUCCUGACAAAGGAGAGGAAUGGGCUGUAACAGAAAUUGUGGUCUCCUCACUGGGGCCAUCAUUGGUGCAGUGCUGGCUAUCUUUGGAGGAAUUCUGAUACCAGUUGGAGAUAACAUGAUAGGCAAAGCAAUAAAAAAGGAAGCUGUCAUUGAAAAUGGUACCAUUGCUUUUGAAAAUUGGGUUGUGCCAGGAAGUUCAGUUUACAGGCAAUUUUGGAUCUUUCAUGUGCAAAAUCCAUCAGAAGUAUUAGACUAUGGAGCACGUCCAAAGCUUGAACAAAGAGGACCUUACACAUACAGGGUGCGAUAUUUACCCAAAGAAAAUAUCACAGACAAUUCUGAUGGCACAAUAUCCUACAUGUUGCCUAAUAUUGCUCGUUUUGAACCUGACAUGUCUGUUGGGACAGAAAAUGAUACCGUUACAUGCCUCAACCUUGCUGUUGUUGCUGCACCAGCCCUGUACACAAACACUUUCAUACAACUACUAUUAAACACUUGGAUUAAAGCUUCUAAGUCAUCCAUGCUGCAGAAUAGAACAGUGAAAGAAAUACUGUGGGGAUACAAAGAUCCUUUCUUGAACAAAGUCCCCUUCCCCUUGGACCCAGUCCUUGGAGUCUUCUAUCCGUAUAACAUGACAUAUGAUGGACUUUACAGAGUUUUUACUGGGAAAGAAGACAUAAGCAAAACAGCAGUAAUUGACACUUAUAAGAACAAAAGGAAUCUUUCAUAUUGGGAAGGUCGCUGUGACUUGAUUAAUGGCACAGAUGGGGCAUCAUUUCCCCCUUUUGUUAAGAAGGAUCAGGUACUGCAGUUCUUCUCCUCUGAUAUUUGCAGAUCGAUCUAUGGAGUUUUCCAGAGCAAGCAGAUUGUGAAGGGGAUCCCGCUCUACCGUUUCGCGGUCCCCCGUGAAGCGUUUGCGUCGCCUGCUGAAGUUCAAGAUAAUUACUGCUUCUGUACAGACUACACCAUUUCGCAGAACUGCACAUUAGCCGGAGUCCUAGACAUCAGUGCCUGCAAAGCAGGAAGACCGGUGUUUAUUUCUCUUCCACAUUUUCUUCAUGCAAGUGAUUCUGUAUUGCAUGAUGUUGAAGGUCUGAGCCCAAAUGAGGAGGAGCAUGAGACGUUUUUAGACAUAGAGCCUAUCACUGGUUUUACAUUACAAUUUGCCAAAAGGCUGCAAGUAAACCUCCUGGUGAAGCCUGCACCAAAAAUUGAAGCUUUAUCAAAAGUUCAGAAGCCUUAUAUUUUUCCUCUUCUUUGGCUAAAUGAGACUGCUGUUAUUGGGGAUGUAAAAGCAGAAAUGUUCAGAAAUAGAGUCACCAAUCGGGUCCAGAUGCUGAGUCUGCUGCAGAUGGUGUUAAUCAUCGCAGGUUCUGUGCUGUUCCUCGCAUUCAUGGUUUCCUAUUUCAUAUGCAGAUCAAAGAAAUUAAAAUAAGUAAAAAAAGACUUCAGAGGUAGGCAAUCUUUAACUGAAAUUUCAGCCAAGCGGCAUGUUAAAAUUCAGAGACAAAAGAUAUGAUCCAAGGCACACUCAGUCUACAUGUUACAGAAUUCAACAUGCUUUUCCAUUCUGAGAAGACCAACUCACUAACCCAGACAAGCUGAUGUUUCCAAAGGCCCACAUUUCUGAUGCCACUGAAGAGGCCACCAUGGAAAUGAUACUUUCAAAUAACUUUUAUUAUAUGAACCUUGUUUCAAAUUUUAAGUGACAUUCAAGCAGACUGAAACUGAGAUGCAGUCCACCUUCUGCCAUUUAUGCAACUUGCUACUUUUUUCUUCUGGGAUUUGCAAGACUAAUGAAAGCCAUUUGCUGAUGUUCUGCCUCUGAGCAUAGGCUGGGGAAUGACAACAUUGUUGAGCUCAUGCCAUGCUCUAGAUAUUCUAGUUGCAAUGUUUUCCUUCUGUUUCUUCAAGGAAUGGAAGCUGCUGCAAUAGAACUGCUCUGUGUUCUCUCUUCAGGGAUGUGAAUUGUGUUGAAUAUGAAGUUUAUUAUGUAAAGUUACUAACUGUUGGACAUGAUGUUAAUAAAAGACUUACUAAAAUAUUUGUUUUAUAUAUUUAUGCAGAGUUGGCCCAUGCACACAUGCAGUCCCUCACAGGUCAACAGGGGCUCACCAACAUUUGGCUCCAUAGCUCAGUAAUCUGAGCUACUUUCUAACUCCCAACCUGUUUCAUUGCUUCCUGCAUGAUUCUCUUUCUGGCUCUUCCCUCACCACCAACCUCUGCUCUGCCCUAACCCCACUUCGCCCAAGGCCUCCUGUAGGGAAUGAUCUGAUAUGUCACCCUUAAGGUCAAGAGAAAAUAUUCCAGAAUUCUAGACACAGGAAAGACUGAGAUAAUGAUUUUGAUCAAAAAUCAGACCGCUCCACUUCCUUGCUAUAGAAGAAAUAAGGGAAAACAGGUAGCCCCAGUUCUUAACUGAUUAGCUAUCUGCUGCAAGGAAAUAUGUGCAACCAUCUGUUUAAUGAGGGGCAUCAGCCUGCAGGCAGGUAGCAAGCACUGCCAUUUGUGUAAAUGGUUUACUUUUUCAUUUAAGUUGUUUGUCAUAUCUUAGGAAUCAGAGUCAGUUUUUGAGAAUCCUGGGUGUUCCUUUUUCACAUGGACUCACUGAAUUCAGAACAAGAGCACUGUGUAAGACUUAUUCUUGAAACUUUUUGUCCUGUAAAGUAAGAGCUGCAAAGGAAAAGGAAAAUCAAACACAGGCUAGCUUCUCAUAGCCCGGCAUCUGGAAAUAUUGCCACAAGGGACUUCAAAACAGAAAGGUUUGUCUUGCUAGCAAAGGACAAUAUCUUUAGCUAGGUAACUGGCUAAAGCAUGGUGUUUUCCUUCUUUGGAAAUAAAGAGAAAGAAACCCAAGAGACUAAAAUGUUGGGUUUUCUAAUCCCAUGUUCCUUGUGAACAGAGUUGUGUAGCUACCUAGCAUGGUGCAUUGGAGAGGAUGGAUCACAGAAAUCCCAAGAGACUUUUCUUGAAGGCAAGGUCUGAUACAUGGUUACAUUCUUUUUCCAGCCAUGAGCUGGAAAGGCAAAGCAAGAGGGCAGGAGAUGUGAAGGAACCACUACACUAAAGGGAAGCUAUGCUCUCAUGUAGUGAGCUAAUGUAUUUGAUUGCUCAUGGUGUGAAAAACAAGUCCUUGCUCUCUUCUCUACAUCAUUGCUGGUGACAUAUGUAAUACUCUGUUCCUCCAGUAGCCCGGGGACAGUUUGACACAAUUUAAGGCAUCCCUGGAGGCCUGGGCAAGAAAGUAUAAGGACAACUACGAAGGUUUUGCUUGCAGUCAUUAAGUCGCCUCCUCUUGAGCUGACCCAAGCACAGCUCUACUAUGGUUCAAGAUCUGACACCAAGUUUUUAUAAUAAAACUAGCCUUUUGUGCUAGAGUGUGGCGGGGGGGGGGGGGGUCUUUUCUCCAAAGGAACAACAGCAAAGCUCCUGUUGAUUUUGAUAUGCUAGCAUUUCAACUUCAUUUUUUGGUUGAAGUCCAUUGCCACCAAAACAGUGUUUGAUCUAUUAGUGUUGCUUAGUGCUAUUUAGUGAUCCAGCAGUAGUGAUCCAGAAAGUCAGGCCAUGAUUUUAAAUGUCUCAGGGCCCAAUUUUGCGUGCACACAGAUAGGUUUGUUCAUAUAUAUAAUCUCAUUGAUCUCAAUGCAGGUUUGGGCUAUUAAACUGCAUUCAGCACCUAGACUGCACUUGAAUUACAAUUAGUACUUUUUUUGUCCAGAAAAUUGGUUAUAGUUAUUCUUAAUUCAUGUUAUUAAAGCUAAUGUUAGUUAUUUACAUUUGUUAAACCACGUGUGGGAUAAAUACUUAGAAAUUUUAAUGAAUUUAAUAAAAAGAAAACAAAGCUCAAAAACUUCUUUCUGAGACUCUCAUGUCCAAGUGUAAAUAAAGUCUUCUGUGUUGGAUACUGAA